AUGCCAAAUUCUAGUAGACAUGCUAGUGGCAGCAGCCACGACCUUAGUAACCGCAAUUUGAUCACAAGACUCCAGCGAUGGUGGGUCCCCGCGCUUGGAGAGUUCAUUGGUACGGCCAUGUUCUUGUACCUCGCCGUCGGAGGUGCCGAUGCCGUCUCCCGUGGCGCCUCCGAAGGAACAGCAGUGUUGGGUAUCGCAUUCGCGUUCGGAAUGGGACUGAUGGUGACCGCCUGGGCAUUUGGAAGAAUCAGUGGCGCCCAAUUCAACCCCGCCAUCACCCUGUCCUGCCUCAUUACCGGAAAACUCAGUGUUGGCAUGGCCUUUUUGUACCUUAUUUGCCAGCUCUUGGGAGGCACUCUUGGUGUCGCCAUGGCCCGGGGUAACACCCCCAGCAAUGUUAGUGUUGGAGGCAUUAACCAGCUUGAUAACGGAGAAACCCUGGCACGCGGUUUCUUCCUCGAAUUCUGGCUGACCAGCAUCCUCUGCUUCGUCUACCUCAUGACAACCGAAGAGCGUUCAAAGUGCAUCUUUAUGGCGGCCCUCCCCAUCGGAUUCACCCUCUUCUCCUGCCACUUGUUCGCCCUUCGCUACGACAACGCCGCCAUCAACCCCGCCCGCGCCUUUGCAACUUCUGUCGUCUCGAAAGAUUUCACCCCCGACCAUUGGAUCUAUUGGAUCGGACCCCUUUGCGGUGGCAUCUUGGCGGCGGCCUUGUACAUCCUCUUUUGUUACUUUGAUCCCGAUAUUGUCGGCGUUGUGGAUAAGGACCAAUACCGGGCUGAGAAUGCAGCUGCCUCCGGGGAGACGGUCAAGAUCGAUGUUGAUGAUGCGAACAAGAAUGAUAUGGGAUCUUCCACUAGGAGCCAGAUUGCUCCUUCUAGGGACGAGACUUAUCGUCGGGCGUAA